AUGGGCUGUACCAGCGGUCACCUGGCCUGUCAGCCCCAGCCCCCGACUGCCCCCACACAGGAGUUACAGUCCCAAGAUGGGGGAACCAAAACCCCUGAGGUCCUCUCAUCCUUGGAACGGCUCUCCCAGGCCACAGGGGGUAUGGAGAAGUCCUGGUACCGAUGCAUCUUCCCUUUUGGGAUCAUCUCCCUGGUAAUUGGAGUAGCCGGAACCGGUGUAACCUACACAUACAACGACCUCCCUCAGACCAAGGUGGUGUCCGUGGUCCUGCUGAUCGUCGGCCUGGUUCUGGUUCUGAUGGCUACAGCUUGCUGGACAGCCCAUAAGAAGAAGCGCAGGAAAAAGAAAGAAGGAGGCUCCUUUAGCUCCGAGCAGUGCCCUCUGUGA